AUGUCGAACAAAGAAAUGGUCGUUGAAAAAGGCGUUGAUUUGAAGCGAUACAUGGGUCGUUGGUACGAAAUAGCUUGUUUUCCGUCUAGGUUUCAGCCAAGUGAUGGCACGAACACAAGAGCAACUUACACUCUCAGAGACGAUGGAAUUGUUGGUGUUUUGAAUGAGACUUGGAGCGGUGGAAAACGAAGCUACAUUGAAGGAACUGCUUAUAAAGCUGAUCCUAAUAGCGAUGAGGCUAAACUCAAGGUCAAAUUCUAUGUUCCUCCUUUCCUCCCAAUCUUUCCCGUUGUUGGUGAUUACUGGAUUUUGCAUCUUGAUCGUGAUUAUCAGUAUGCUCUCAUUGGUCAACCUAGCAGGAAUUAUCUUUGGGUACUAUGCAGGCAACCCCAUUUGGAUGAAGAAAUCUACAACCAGCUUGUUGAGAAAGCUAAGGAACAAGGGUAUGAUGUGAGCAAACUGCACAAGACUCCACAGAGUGAUACUCCACCUGAGCAAGAAGGUCCUCAAGACACCAAAGGAAUUUGGUGGAUCAAAUCCCUCCUUGGGAAAUAA